AUGAUGAUGAUGUCCCUGAACAGCAAGCAGGCGUUCAGCAUGCCGCACAGCGGCAGCCUGCACGUGGAACCCAAGUACUCGGCACUGCACAGCGCCUCGCCCGGCUCCUCCGCUCCCGCAGCACCCUCAGCUAGCUCCCCUAGCAGCUCGAGCAAUGCUGGCGGCGGUGGUGGCAGUGGCGGGGGCGGCGGAGGCCGUAGCAGCAGCUCCAGUAGCAGUGGCAGCAGCGGCAGCAGCGGCGGGGGCUCCGAGGCGAUGCGGAGAGCGUGUCUUCCAACCCCACCGAGCAAUAUAUUCGGCGGGCUGGAUGAGAGUCUGCUGGCCCGAGCCGAGGCUCUGGCGGCCGUGGACAUCGUCUCCCAGAGCAAGAGCCACCACCACCACCCGCCCCACCACAGCCCCUUCAAGCCGGACGCCACCUACCACACCAUGAACACCAUCCCGUGCACGUCGGCUGCCUCUUCUUCGUCGGUGCCCAUCUCGCACCCAUCCGCGCUGGCGGGCACGCACCAUCACCACCACCACCACCACCACCACCACCAUCAGCCGCAUCAGGCGCUUGAGGGCGAGCUGCUGGAGCACCUGAGUCCCGGGCUGGCCCUGGGUGCCAUGGCUGGCCCCGACGGCGCCGUAGUGUCCACGCCAACUCACGCGCCGCACAUGGCUACCAUGAACCCCAUGCACCAAGCAGCGCUCAGUAUGGCCCACGCGCAUGGGCUGCCCUCACACAUGGGCUGCAUGAGCGACGUGGACGCCGACCCCCGGGACCUGGAGGCAUUCGCGGAGCGCUUCAAGCAGCGACGCAUCAAGCUGGGGGUGACCCAGGCCGAUGUGGGCUCCGCGCUGGCCAACCUCAAGAUCCCUGGCGUGGGCUCCCUUAGCCAGAGCACCAUCUGCAGGUUCGAGUCCCUGACGUUGUCGCACAACAACAUGAUCGCGCUCAAACCUAUCCUGCAAGCGUGGCUCGAGGAAGCCGAGAAGUCCCACCGCGAGAAGCUCACCAAGCCCGAGCUCUUCAACGGCGCGGAGAAGAAGCGCAAGCGCACCUCUAUCGCCGCGCCAGAGAAGCGUUCGCUGGAAGCCUACUUCGCCAUCCAGCCGAGGCCCUCCUCGGAGAAGAUUGCUGCCAUCGCGGAGAAGCUGGACCUUAAGAAAAAUGUGGUGCGCGUCUGGUUCUGCAACCAGAGGCAGAAACAGAAAAGAAUGAAAUAUUCUGCGGGCAUUUAG